CACAGAGAGGCACAUUAUGUACGCCCCCGGCAGCACUUCGGCAGAACAGGCUCCUGGACCCUCCAGUUUUGGAGUUAGUCAGAGACCCUGCCGACCACCGCAUCCCAUGAGGCGUCAGGUGCUACCUACAUCACAUCCGUCACUUAAUGACAAGAAUCAAGCUUCUGCACCUCUUCAAUCAAUACCAAGAUCCCAGAGGCCCACAGCAGGCAGUAGAGGGCCUUACCCGGGCACUGCUACUAGAUUCAGUGUUGCAGCCAUCACACCACAGUACAAGAACAGCCGCCCGCCUGAUGAUGAGACCUCACCCUCGCUCGGGGCCACUUACGGCCAGCAGUCAUCCAAUUUAGCUAUGAUAUCGGCGACUUACGGAGGCUCGGCUAUCAACUUGGGGGCCUCCAGAGCCGGAUAUCGCAGCAAUAUCAGGACUGUGGGCGAGUAUGGACCUUCUUCGGCACCCACGUCCCCAAGGCCUUCACAGCGCCCCCGGCCACAACCAUUUCACGAGAGAACUCAUGUGGAGACUCAGACCAGCUUCCACAGCACUGCGUCGUCUCCGCAGUGCAACAGUCGGCCCCAUUCUCCACCCACCAAACUGACACCAGAGACAACUCGCCAACAUCCCAACGACAAAGAUCAUUACCCACACGACACACUCACCCCGUCGCCCUCAUCACCACCGCCAUCACUCGCCCUUAUCCCUCAUUCCCCGUCGGCCUCCAACACCAUCACCAAUCCUCCAUCUUCUCCCAAGUCCCCUAUGGGACGUAGGAUAUCCCGUAAGCACACUCUCUUUAACUACGACAUUCUAAAAAAUGCAUUCUGUCUCUCCUGUCCGCCUGUGGGACUUGGCUUCACCUCGUCUGUGGCUGCCAAAUAUCAUCACCACCACCAACUCUCUAUCGCCGCUGCAGAUGACAACGAGAAUGCUCAGGACUUCAUCGGGUUUGCCACGCUGCCUGAGCAGGUGCACAGGAAGAGCGUGAAGAGAGGGUUCGACUUCACGCUCAUGGUGGUGGGCGAGUCUGGCCUCGGCAAGUCUACACUCAUCAACAGUCUCUUCCUCACCGACCUCUACAAGGAGAGAAAAGUGCCCACCGGAGAGUGUGAGUUUUCGUGGACCACAAUGAUAGAAAAGAAACUGAAAGAGGCAGAGGAAAGAGGCACUAAACUAUAGACCUGUGUCAUUGACGUACCUGGGUUUGGGGAUGCUGUCAAUUGUGAGGAAGGAUGGAAGGCGGUGGAGCGAUACGUCGAUGAGCAAUUUAAUAAAUUCUUCCAAGAUGAAUCAGGACUCAACCGAAAGAACAUACAGGACCACCGAGUUCACUGCUGCCUCUACUUUGUUCCUCCCUACGGUCAUGGGUUGAGACAGAUGGAUGUAGAGUUCAUGAGACGGCUUCACAGGAAGGUCAACAUAGUUCCUGUUAUAGCCAAGUCUGAUACUCUUACUAAAGCUGAAAUACAUAAGCUCAAAACCAACAUUCUCAACGACAUAGAAAAUAACAAGAUUAAGAUAUAUCAGUUCCCUGAGUGUGAUUCAGAUGAGGAUGAGGACUUUAAACAACAAGAUCGGGAGCUAAAGGCAUCAAUUCCUUUUGCGGUUAUUGGGUCUAAUUGUGUAAUUGAGGUGGCGGGAAAAAAGAUGAGAGGACGGCAGUACCCCUGGGGUAUUGUGGAAGUUGAAAAUUCUGCUCACUGUGACUUCGUGAAGCUGCGCACAAUGCUGAUAUCUACACAUAUGCAAGAUAUGAAGGAGGUAACACAGGAUGUACACUAUGAAAAUUUCCGAGCACAAUGCAUUUCACAAAUGCAGCAGGUAGCAAUGAAGGAGAGGAAUAAGCUGAAAAGAGAGAGUGCUGCAAACUUUGACCAAGUUGGAGAUGCAGAUAAACUACUUCAACAGAAAGAUGAGGAGAUCCGGCGUAUGCAGGAGAUGUUGAGUCAAAUGCAAGAAAAAUUAAAGGAAUCUGGCAAGGACCCUGCUGCAGCACUCUGCCUUGAGCCUGGUAAACGAGACUCUGUUGUCAACGUGUGACAUUACCACCAAGUUGUAUCACUUCAUCACAUCAUAUGAUUCAUGUGGUGUUUAAGUCAGCUGUGUUCAUACAUUAUCAAUGUGUGUGUGUUACAAUGCCACCACCUCUAGUUUGUGACAUCAUAACUUCAUAUGUGUGUGGAAGUACUGUAAACUGAAUGUAAAGUAUAUAUUCCUAAUAUGUGCCAUUUUCUUUGUCACUGAUGCCUGCUGUUGAACAAAUAUGCAUCAUUAAUUCUAUUGUAUCAUUAAUUGAAAAAAAUAGAAGCAAAAAUAGCAAUGACACAUUAUGGAAUAUAUAUAAAUUAAAGGAUUUGUUUCAAAAUGAAAUAUGUAUAUAUCCAGAAAUUUGACUGGGUUGGGCAAACUGAAGACUUAAUGAUAUCAAAUCCCCAUGAGGUAUGGACUGAAUGUAUGUGCCAUUUUUGUGGAAAGUGGAAAUACCUAAUGCAUAGAUUUUUAAUAAUUAUUUCCUGGUAAUUAUUACAUAUUAGAUUACCAUAAGGGCAGUCUAUACAAAAUCCAAGCACCACAAAAAGCUUUACUGCAAUAUAUGUACAGUACAGUACUUUGUAUUUAACAUCGAAGCAUAUUAGGCCUAUAUUGCUAGAAAUUUUUCCACCUUUUCUUUGAUUUUUUGUAUAAUACAGUACCCGUAAUUCCAAAUUAAAUAUUGACAAAGAAAUUGUGAAUAUAAAAAUUACAUUACACAUGUGUUUUCUGUUGGCAUGUUUAAAACUUAUUUUUAAUACUGUAUAUGUGUGUGAUACUAUUUGCCUUUAAAGACCAAAUUUCUUUGCAAUUCUGGUACUGGCAGUCUCCAGUACUAUGUGAAACUAUAUUUGCAAGUUUCCUACACAACAAUACUAGUAUCCAGUGUACUUAAAAUUCCAGUGGUGAAAUAAAGUUUGUGCUUAGUGCUCACUUUUACAAUGCUGAAAGGAUAAUUUGAAAGAUACAAGAAUACCAUAGCAGUAUGCCUAACAUCUCUCAAGAUUAUGAUGGCAGUUGUACUAAGGACAGCACUCUAUUUGACAUGUACUUUAUUAUUAUGAUCAUAGGUAAGCACUAAGCUUGUAAGGCUAAUACAGCACCAGAGAAAUGAGAAGUAAUCAGGGAAGGAUAGCUUCAAGUCAGUGCAUCAAGAGCCCCUCACAAGCACAAUUAGGGAAUUUGAGGUGUUCAUUAGUAAAUUUGUCUAAACAAAUUUUUUCUCUUGCUUAAUAACACAACUACUGACAACCCUGUACAAUAUUUGUAUUUUUUCCUAUUUUUAUAGUGUUUUUUAUAGUGAAAUGGUUUCUACAUCAUAACUAGUUUACAAUCUAUAAUGUUAAUGUAGGGAGGAUGAAUCAACUGUACUAUUCUGUCAGUGCAUUACAUCUGAAUCAGCCACUGCUUGCCUUCAAUAUCCCUCCUAUAACAUAGGUCAAACACAAAUUAAGGUAUAAAAUUCAGAAAGAAACUUUUGUUUUUGAAUCAGAUAUGUACUUGCUUAUUCUGUAGCUUUUUUUUUUUAAUGCUAGUAAUUUUCUGGACAAAAUAAACUGUUGUAUAUUAGUCAUUAAAAGCAUACGUUGGUAUUCCUCAGUGUCAACAGCGACAUACCUACCAGGCAUCAUUGUUGUAUGUUCCCCAUCUUUCGUACAGUAUAUUGCUAGGACAUGAUAUAAUUUGAAGAUCUGUUUCUAGAUGCUGUAGACAUUCUGUUCCUUGCAUAUUGGUGCUUAAAUAAUAGGCAACUUUCAUGUAGGAAUGUAUAUUCAUAAAAUCACCAGGUACUAAGGGCUACUCUGAAUAACACUUAAACUGUACAAUACCCAUAACUUGUAUACUUGUGCCAGUAGUAUAUCCCCAUAUCAUAUCUGCUAUUCAGUGGACCAAAUACUUUGCUCAUAAUGAACAACCAUAUUCUACAGGACUUGGCCCGUGUUACUAUUGUGCCUACUUUUUUAAGAAAUAAUUGGUGUACUGUACUGAUAUGAUUCAUGAUAUUCUUGAUAUUUAUUGUCCUGUAUUUUUUAAGAAAAAAAAAAUAAAAUGAGCUUUCUAUUCAUUUCUGAUUUCACAAGUGUACUGUAGAUUGGCUUCUUACAUUAAUGUAAUUUUUUUGAAUGGCAUUAUUUUAAUAUGAACUGUACCAUAAUAUGUUUAGUAAUUUUUGUUGAUAUUCAUUUACAGAUUUGUAAAUUUUGGAGCAAUUACUGAUGAGAGAAAACUAGAAGUUAUUAAAACAUCUACUCUCACAAUGUGGUUAACAGGAACAUUAGUUCUUGUAUGUGUUAUUAUAUUCAUGGGGAAGUGUUAAACCAAUAUGGGUCAUACACCAUCAUGGAUUAGGAUGCAGUCAGGUCUGAUCCAAGGAAAGGGAGGAUACUUCCUAUUCUAUGGACCAAGAGCCUUGCACCUGCACCAGGGAACCCCCAUCCUCCGAAGAGAGUUCUUGUAUAUGAGUUGGUAUUAAAUGUUUCCGUUACUUGUGAUGCAAUGGCUUGAUCUAAUCCCUGCUGGCUUACAUGUACUGUCCCCUCCUUAGUACAGUACUCUAUAUGUUCCUUCUCUUAAGAGUGCAUAUUCUGUAAUGCGUUUUUAUGAACAUUAUUAUUAUUAUAAUCAUAACUAAGCGCUAAACCCACGAGGGUCUUACAACGCUGGUUUUUAUGAACAAUGUGAUAUUCUGUACUAAAUUACAUUACCAGUACUUCACACUCUGAUUUUUUCUUUACUGUUAUUUAUUUGUCAGAUAACAAUAUUUAAUUUUUUCACAUAAAGUAAUUGGUAUUUUAGUUAUUUUCCCUCAUUUUCAUGUCUUUUUGUGACACACUACCUCUUUCAGCUUUUGGUAUUCAAUAUGUUGUGAUUAAUUCAACAUUAAUACUGUUUUAUCAGUUUGCAUGUAAAUAAGACACAAUAAUACAGUGGACCCCCGGUUUACGAUAUUAUUUCAUUCUUGAAGUAUGUUCAGGUGCCAGUACUGAACGAAUUUGUUCCCAUAAGGUAUAUUGUGAAUUAGAUUAGUCAAUUUCAGACCCCCAAACAUACACGUACAAACGCACUUACAUAAAUACACUUACAUAAUUAGUCACAUUGAGAGCUGAUCGUAAAGCGAGGGUCCACUGUACCAGCAUUUUCAUUGAGGAGACAUUUUGCUCUCAAGCUUGGAUUGAUAUAAGCUCCAUUGAGCAAAACUUCUCUUUUCAAAUGUCCUCAUAUUACACAUGUGGCUCAUUUACAAGCAUGCUAGUAUCAAGUACCAAUCUCUUGUCUACCUGUUCAAAGUUUUAAUUCUUAAGGGUCGUGAUAGUGUACCUUCUAAAUCACCCAAGAGAUGGAACUGUGUGCACUCUGUAUUACAGGUUUUGUGUAGAAUUUAUUUAUUUCAUACAGUUAUCAAAUUGUUUAAUUUCUAUAUGUAUUAUUAUAAGCACUGGGAAGCACUAAACCCUUAGGGUUAUACAGUGUCUGUUGAAUGGGAGAUAAGUUUGAUUCAAAGAAAGGGAGAGUAGCUUUAAUUCCUUGGAUCAAGAGCCCUUUACCAACAGGUGUGUUUUUUUUUAUAUAUAUAAAUUCAAGCAAGGAAUAUCCUCAUCAGCAAAUAUAUACAAUUAUUGUGAACAUAUGCUGUGAUAAGAUUAGACUGAAGUUAGUCUUCAGUAUAUUCUGAAGAAAAUAUGGUAGGAGUAACAAAAAGAUCCCAUUUAUCACUUUUGUAAACAAGAAGCUGACAAGGAUUUACACUCUAGAGUACUUCGAUAUGGGUCAUGUGAUCAGUCGUUGGGAAAGUGAUAUUCAUUCUUCCAAUCAACACAUGAAAUUAGACUUCUUAGAAAUGCAUAUUUAAUGGCUGCCUAGUAUAUUUGUGAAGAAUAUAGAAGUCAUAACCUACUUAAAAUUAUAACAUGUUAGGAUUAUUAUGAAUAUGUAAAUUUUUUAACAUCUUAUAAAAAUAGCUAUUAUCAGAUUUAAGUGAUAACUGCAUUACAGUAACAUUAAAAUCAUAGUUUGGAAGCCAGUUGGCUACAGUAAAUGAAAUACAUUAUUGAUUUAUGCUUAUUAUUUUCACAAAUAACUCAGCCUGUAUGGAUCAUUCAGCAAUGAUUAAUGCAUAAACAGUAGCAUCAUGUGGUGAGUGAGACUUUACCUGAACCAUUAAGGGAUUUGUGUCCUUUAUAAAGGUAGGAAUGUUUCCUGAGGCUUUGAUGGUGAGUUAUGAAUAUCCUCAGCUAAUAAUGGAGUUUAUCAUUAAGAUGAAUUUAUUUUUUAAGUUAAUAUUUACUUGAAGCAAUCUGUCUAUAUCUCUGAAGUGGUAAAUAUAACUAAUAACUACGUACAAAAAGAGAAAUCCACAUACCAGUACUACAGAUAUAUGUACAGUACCUAUCAUAAUAGCUCACCUCUGCAAACAUUUACAAAAAAAGCUGUAGCCUAUGAUGAUAGUCUAUAUCAAGUAGAAUAAAAUUAAAGAUUUCAAUACUGUGAAGGAAUAUCAUGUCAAACAAGGAGACAAGCUGAACAAUAAAAUAAUUAUUCAAGAAAAAAUGUAUGUAAGAAUUUAAAUACUAUUUAGACUGUAUCCAAUGGUCUUCAAAAGUUCAUUGGGUUUAUGUGACAAACAAAUAUUGUAACUUGUUUAAUUGUUUAUGAUAACAAUAUCAGUGACCAUUUUUAUUUUAUUACUCUUUGAAUCCAAUUCAGAGAUAAUUUGUCUUUAUUGAACCCACACUGCCACAUUGUCACUUCACACAGUGUUUUGACUGUUUAUAGUUGAAAUGAUUCAACAUGAUUGCCCCACUGUCAACAGACUGUAAUGAUGUAGAUCUUCUAUACUAUGUAUAACUGUUUCAUUGAUACACACAAGAACUUUCCUUAUCAGCUUGGCUUUUCUAGGCUGUUCCAACUAGUUUUGUUUCUCUAGUGCAAUGAUCAAGAGACACUUGUGCAACAAUUGGGAAUCUUUAUUCUGGAAAUGUUUUGCCAUGCAGUGGCUUCUUCAGUCCAAUGCAGAGAAAUGUGGAAGAUGAGGAAGAGUUUCAGGUAAUCAGUCCCUCAGCCUGGAGUUGUGUUCAGUCUUAUUACUGGAAACUCCUCCUCAUCUUCCACCUUUCUCUGCACUGGACUGAAGAAGCCACUGUGUGGCAAAACAUUUCCAGAAUAAAGAUUCCCAAUUGUUGCACAAGUGUCUCAUUUAUCAACCUGUCGGUUUUCUAAACCAUUUAUACACAAUGAUGAAGAGCUAAUGCUUUAUAGGGCUUUACGGUCAUUACUCUCUGAUUUAGAAUGUCUGGAAAAAAAGUGAAGAUUCUGAACAGGAUAAAAUUGAUAUGGAAUGAAUAAUUACUCCAUCUAUUUACUGCAGCACUUAUAUGUGUGUCAUCUAAAUGACUGAUCAUAACACUACAUUAAACAUUACUUAGUUGUAUAACAAAGUCUAUUAGUCAGUUGGUAUUGAGGAGUCUACCCUUCAGUUGUUCCACUGAUGUAACACCAGAAUACAAAUUUUGAGGAGAUCUACCAAUUCAUUGCUAUCACAGUUUAUGUUAAUGUGAUAAAUUCAAGCACUGUGUAUAUGAAACCAUUUAUAAAAAAUCCCUGUGCAGCUCUGAUCAGACUAGCAUAUAACUGUUCAUUAUAGCAUUCAAAAAAAUACUGCACAGUAAAUGCAAUUUCUUAUAGUUAGAGGACUAAUAGGUGUUUGCAAUUUUUCCUGUGAUUUUGGGGACAUUUGUGGAACAUGAAGAGAAAGCACUUGAUAAAUAAUUGUAACCCACAAAGCUGGUAUAAUUUUAGUCAUGUAAUCUCAUUAUAUUAAUUCUAUCUUACACUUGUACACAGUUACAUCCAUACACAAACAUUCAAAAUAAAAAAGUAAACUAUACACAACAAAUACACAUUCCUAAAGAACUAUGAAUGAGAUGUGAUGGAAUGAAUUUAUGUUUAUAGCUUUAAUAUCCUAUUUGAUUAUGUUAUUUAUAUGAAAAUAAAAUUAUACUCAUUUCUAUUGAUUAAUAAUAAAAUGCACACUAAA